GGCGGCGAGGCGGGAGCGCGCAGCUGAUACCAGGGGACUGGGCUGCGGCGGUUAGUCCUCUCCCGGCCGCCGUCGCCUCCGACAUAUUGCCCGCUGGAGCUGCGGCGGCGAAGCGGAGAGCGCCGGGGGGAGGAGAUGGGAGGACGAAGAGGUCCCAACAGGACAUCCUACUGUCGAAAUCCACUCUGUGAGCCAGGAUCCUCUGGGGGCUCAGGUGGGGGCCACACUUCCAGCGCAUCAGUCACCAGUGUCCGUUCCCGCACCAGGAGCAGUUCUGGGACGGGCCUCUCCAGCCCCCCACUGGCCACCCAGACGGUCGUGCCCCUGCAGCACUGCAAGAUCCCCGAGCUGCCCGUCCAGGCCAGCAUUCUGUUUGAGUUGCAGCUCUUCUUCUGCCAGCUCAUAGCCCUCUUCGUCCACUACAUCAACAUCUACAAGACAGUGUGGUGGUAUCCGCCCUCCCACCCGCCCUCCCACACCUCCCUGAAUUUCCACCUGAUCGACUUCAACUUGCUGAUGGUGACCACCAUUGUUCUGGGCCGCCGCUUCAUUGGGUCCAUCGUGAAGGAGGCUUCUCAGAGGGGGAAGGUCUCCCUCUUUCGCUCCAUCAUGCUGUUCCUCACCCGCUUCACCGUUCUCACGGCAACAGGCUGGAGUCUGUGCCGCUCCCCUCAUCCACCUCUUCAGGACCUACUCCUUCCUGAACCUCCUGUUCUCUGCUAUCCGUUUGGGAUGUACAUUCCGUUCCUGCAGCUGAACUGUGACCUCCGCAAGACAAACCUCUUCAGCCACAUGGCCUCCAUGGGUCCCCGGGAGGCGGUCAGUGGCCUGGCACGGAGCCGGGACUACCUGCUGACACUGCGGGAGACGUGGAAGCAGCACACGCGGCAGCUGUACGGCCCGGACGCCAUGCCCACCCACGCCUGCUGCCUGUCGCCCAGCCUCAUCCGCAGUGAGGUGGAGUUCCUCAAGAUGGACUUCAACUGGCGCAUGAAGGAGGUGCUGGUCAGCUCCAUGCUGAGCGCCUAUUACGUGGCCUUUGUGCCUGUUUGGUUCGUGAAGAACACACAUUACUAUGACAAGCGCUGGUCCUGCGAGCUCUUCCUGCUGGUGUCCAUCAGCACCUCGGUGAUCCUCAUGCAGCACCUGCUGCCUGCCAGCUACUGCGACCUGCUGCAUAAGGCCGCUGCCCACCUGGGCUGCUGGCAGAAGGUGGACCCAGCACUGUGCUCCAACGUACUGCAGCACCCGUGGACUGAAGAAUGCAUGUGGCCACAGGGUGUGCUGGUGAAGCACAGCAAGAACGUCUACAAAGCAGUGGGCCACUACAAUGUGGCCAUCCCCUCCGACGUCUCCCACUUCCGGUUCCACUUCUUUUUCAGCAAACCCCUGCGGAUCCUCAACAUCCUUUUGCUGCUGGAGGGCGCUGUCAUCGUCUACCAGCUCUACUCCUUAAUGUCCUCUGAUAAGUGGCACCAGACCAUCUCACUGGCACUCAUCCUCUUCAGCAACUACUACGCCUUCUUCAAGCUGCUGCGAGACCGCCUGGUAUUGGGCAAGGCCUACUCGUACUCGGUCAACCCCCAGAGGGACCUAGACCACCGGUUCUCCUGAGCCCCAGGGCGACCCAGGGACAGCAUCCAGGCUUCAGCCAGGGGCUCCCUGGGAAGCGGCUGUGGGAGAGGGAUGGGUGAGGGGCAAAAAAAAAACAAAAACAGACAAAAAAAAAUCCACCAGAGCUUUGUAUUUUUGUUACAUACUGUUUCUUUCUUUGAUAAUUGAUGUGAUUAUGAGGAGAAAAAAAAAGUCCUAUUUUUAUACUCCCAAUAAGCCUGUGUCCUGUA